AUGAAGCAGUUUUUCACCUUCAUCGCCGCUGCUUUUGGCGUGGCCUCAGCCAAUCCUCACCUGACUGCUGCUCACUUGGCCAACCCUCACUUCCGCAGAGCUUCCCCCACUGAGUGGACUCCUGCUGGACCUGAUGACUUCCGUGGCCCAUGCCCAAUGAUGAACACUUUGGCCAACCACGGCUUCAUCUCCCACGACGGCAAGAACCUGACGAAGGACGUUGUUGUGAAAGGUCUUCAGGACGGUCUCAACUUCGGGACCGAUCUUGGAACCCUGAUGUUUAACAUGGCCCUUAUUGCCAACCCAGAACCCAAUGCCACAUUCUUCACUCUGGACCAACUUAACGUUCAUAAUGUCCUGGAGCACGAUGCUAGCUUGAGGCUUUGGUUCUUCCUGUUCGAGCUAUGGAGCGAUGAUCGCACCGAUGCUGCCUUUGGCAACAAUCAUGUCUUCAACCAAUCCAUCUUCGACGAGUCGAGAGCCUACUGGACAAAGGAUACCCUGGAUGCGCAACAGCUUGCCAACAGCAAAUUGGCACGACAGGUCACCUCAAGAGCUUUCAACCCCAACUACACCUUCACUGCAACCGUGGAGAACUUCAGUCUUGGCGAGGUCGCUGCCCCCAUCAUUGUCUUUGGCGAUGUGACCGCCGGAACCGUCAACAAGACACUGGUCGAAUACUUCUUCCAAAACGAGCGCCUUCCUGCUGAGUUGGGCUGGGUCAAGAAGGAGAACGCUGUUACACAAGAUGACAUCCUCAAGGUGGUCGAGAUGAUUAGAAACGCAACUGUGCUUACCACAGGUGGCGCGGCUGAGGCCCCUCACAAGCGUAUGAUUAGGGACUUGCACACUGGCUUGGGCCUGCUGUCCCAGUGA